AUGAGACGGGUAGCACAUUCUCUAAAGGAGUAUCGCUUGAUUGAUUUGAUGGAGGACUUCGCUUGUAAUUUCCUGCACAGCUUCGCUUGUAAUUUUUUUUUGAACCAAUCAGCUUCGUCUAUCGAAACUCAGCGAGCAAGCCGCAAAGCGCUAUCGCAUCUCAAGCAAUUAAUCAUGUCAAAUCUUUUUCCGCUUUCCUUUUAUACUUAUAAUAAAAUCCAAUCAAUUACGCGUCAUGAAGUCGACCUUUUCGGGGACCUUACCAGGAACCCUAAGGCGGAGCGCAAUAAGGAUGAACUGUCCGUAAAUAACCCUGAAGACUAUUUUCAAGGCGAUGUUGAUUUAUCUGAACAGCAAAUUAAGCAAAUCGAAAAGUCCAUCAAGGGAGAACAUCGAGAGAAACGAAAGGUCGGUCGCACUCCACUAUACCGACUUUGGGAUCGGGCACACGCGAUAAGUUUCGAUUUUACGGAAACGAUUCCUUAUCGGACAAGGGCGAAAAUUCGAGAAGCGAUGAAUUUGUGGGAGCGGAACACUUGUGUUCGUUUUGACGAAAAUGGACCAAGCGUGGAUCGACUUGAGUUUUUUGAUGGCGGUGGAUGUUCGUCGUUCGUAGGCCGUAUCGGAGGCACGCAGGGAAUUUCAAUCUCGACACCUGGAUGUGAUGUAGUCGGAAUCAUAAGCCAUGAAAUCGGACACGCACUUGGAAUCUUUCACGAACAAGCACGUCCGGACCAGGAAAGGCACAUUGCUGUAAAUUACAACAAUAUACCAAUCAGCCGAUGGAAUAAUUUCAAUUCUGUUGGAACCAGUCAGGCGGAAACAUUUGGUCUACCUUACGAUACAGGAUCUGUCAUGCAUUAUGGACCAUUCGGAUUCGCAUCUGACCCAUACACUCCGACGAUACGAACUCUAGAACGCAUCCAACAGAACACUAUCGGUCAGAGAAUAGGUCCUUCAUUUCUGGACUUUCAAGCGAUCAAUGCUGCAUACAGCUGCAACGAACACUGUGCUCCUUUGAACUGUUUACAUAACGGUUAUCCGCAUCCAAAUAAUUGCUCAGUAUGCACUUGUCCAGACGGAUUCAGUGGGCAGUUUUGUGAAUCUGUCCAUUCAUCUGUUGGAGAGUGCGGUGGCUUGAUAAUGGUUUCAAAUAGAGCGCAAUAUUUAACUAGUCCAAACUACCCUCUCGGUUUUAAGAGUGGUGUGGAAUGUUACUGGCUACUCCGUGCCCCAUCGAAGGGUCGCGUGUUUUUGGAAUUUGUGGAUCUAUUCGAGUUUCACUGUGAGGAUACCUGUGACAAGUCGUAUGUGGAGGUGAAGUACCAUAAUGACAAACGUCUCACUGGUGCGAGACACUGCUGCUCGUCAUUACCCUCGCAACGCUUUAUCUCUUUCGACAAUGAACUCGUGGUGAUCAUGCGAGGAUUUAUUGGGAAUUAUCGUGGCUUUCGUGCAAAAUUCUGGACUGAUUCUCCUGAUAAAGUGCCAGGAACCACUGCGUAUACAACGGCUCCAGAAUUCGCCUCCACUACUGAGAGGACAUUCACUAUGCCUACGAGUAUCUUCAUUACGACGAAAGCCAUUAGAAAUCUAUUUAUACUCCCCACAAGUUUCAUUACUGAAAAACCUACAAUUAGCAAUGUUGUGACCGAGAAAGAGUGGGAAAGAGGGGGAACAGUACAAAGCACACUCACGGCUACCACCGAGAAACGUCGUACCACAGUUUUACCACUGCGAACAUCAACGAAAAGCUUACUAUCCACACUUCUUACCACUACUAACCCACCAAGAAUCACACCACCACCUAUGUUACUUCUAACGACGGAAAGCGGAACACUUUCUCCGGAAGGCGGUGGAGCGUGCAACUGUGGAACGUGGUCGGAGUGGGUUGGAGAGUGUUCACAGCCUUGUGGAGGAUGUGGACACCGUGUUCGUACAAGGCAUUGUCACAGGGAAAGUUGCAGGAAAGAGGAGAAACGGCCAUGCAACUUCGCCGUUUGUCCAUCUGGCACGAAUUUCCUUAUCAACAAUGGCGAAUUCCACAUUUUGUGGAGAGGAUGCUGUGUGGGACUGUUCAGGUGUCGGAAGAUGAGUGCACCGCGCUGGAAACAGAUCAGAAUCCGUUUUUCAAGAUCAUUACUUCAUUGUUCAGUAUCCGGGAUGCAAGUCAAAAUGGCACAGAUUUGCCCAUUAAGAUUCCGCGAGGAGAACAUUGAGUGUUUACAUGAUUUGAUUCCUGUUCCACGAAAAUCAUGUUUUCUUUUGUUUUCUUCGGAAGCUAUCGAAGGCGGUACUACUAUGAGCGAUUUCAGAGCGACUUUCUUUACUUAGUUAGUUUGACCUGUGAUGAGUGAUAAUGUCUUUCAGUGUCGUAUAUGUAUAUAAAGUAUACACGAUAUAAUAGAUGGUCUUUGUUAUGACUGAUUACCAUGACGCCUUGAUUUGAGUGUAU